UAUUUUUCAAAGAAAUUAUAUUUUUUUUACAAUAUUCAAUUUGCAUUCCUAUUUAAGUUAACAAAAAAAAUGGAGAACCAAAAGAAACACCAAGCUGCUGCUUCCAUGAAGAGAAGCCUCUUGGAUCAGGGAUACCUUGAUGAACAAUUUAUUCAUCUUGAAGAAUUGCAAGAUGAUGCAAACCCUAACUUUGUUGAAGAAGUUGUCAAGUUGUAUUACACAGAUUCAGCUAGAUAUAUUCGAAAUAUUGAACUUGCACUGGAAAAUGGACCCCAUGAUUUUGCUAGGCUGGAUAAUAUGAUGUACCAAUUCAAGGGUAGCAGCUCAAGCAUUGGUGCCAGAAGAGUAAAAAGACAAUGUUCUCAAUUUCAGGAAUACUGUAAUGCGAAAAAUAUAGAGGGGUGCAAAAACAUAUUUCAAGGAUUGAAGCAAGAGUAUGCUACUCUAAAGACUAAGCUUGAAACUUACUUUCAGAUGGAAAGAUAAGCUUCGUUGAUGUUGAAAGCAAGCAAGCAAGCCUCAGAUUCGAAAUGAACAAGCCCAUCAUAUAUAUAUUAUAUAAAAUGAUAAUAAGGAUAUUCUUAUCUUGAAAUAAUAUUAACAAUAUGGCACUGAAUAAAUGUAUUAGCCCAUUCUGUUGUAUAAAACAUGUCAAAGCUUAUUAAUGCAAAGUUCAUGUUUCCAAUAGCAAAGCUCUUUUUAUCUUCUAUUUCUAGAAAAAUAAAUAAAAAAUGACACCCUCAAGCCUCCAUGCAUGACAGUGUUGUUAAUAUUUAUCCAUAUCCG